GAUACCCGGGGACCCUGGGACCAGUGCGGACCUGUCAGGCGCAGGGUAAUCACCUCCGCUAGUUACUCGCGCCUCCGGUCCUAGUCCCAGGUCCGGGAUUACGCUCCUCAUCAAUUGCAGACCCGCCCAUUGAUUCCCCUCACACCCACACUUUGAACCGUCGGUUCACCUUUCAAUCAAUUCAAAUAGCGCAAGAAGCGAGCCAAUCGCAAGCCUCAUCGAGGGGAAGGGGCGGGCACUUCCCCCGGAAGUGUUUGUUAAAACCCUUCCAAUCAGAAGCUUCUUGCGGGAUUUUUGAAUUUUGCGGAGGUCUGGGUGGCAGGCUUUCCUGCUUCGGAGGCGGCAGUGGUCUUUCAGACCCGGAGGGUUCCUCUGCUUUUAGUUCGAUUGAGUUUUACGCCAGAAGCUGCCUCAGGAUGUCUUCAUCACUUUUUGCCAGUCGACACAGAAAGGAUUUAAGUAUUGACAUGAUUAGAACUAAAAUUGCUCACAGGAAAUCACUGUCUCAAAAAGAAAACAGACAUAAGGAAUAUGAACGAAAUAGACACUUUGGUUUGAAAGAUGUCAACAUUCCAACCUUGGAAAGUAGAGUUCUUCUUGAAUUAGAUGAGACAUGUCAAAAGCUUGUUCCAGAAAAGGCCAAUGUCAAGCCAAGGUCAACAAAAACUACUCUAGGUGAGCAACGAAAGCAAAUGCUCCAGAAAUACAAAGAAGAAAAGCAACUUCAGAAAUUGAAAGAGCAGAGAGAGAAAGCUAAACGAGGAAUAUUUAAAGUGGGUCUUUAUAGACCUAGUAUGACUUAUUUUCUCUUCUCAAACCAGAGUACAGAGCCAAAAAAGGCUGUUUCAUCUUCUGUACGGAUUACAAGGUCAAAGGCCAAAGACCAAAUGGAGCAGACUAAGAUGGAUAACGGGAGUGAUGUUCGAGCAAGUCGACCUGGUCAAAGACAAACUUCUGAAAGAAAAGUGUUGGACAAAGAGAAAAAAGGUGUACAGCUUGCAACGACCACAUCGGUGAGAAUGACUCGAUCAGCCACUCAAGCAGCAAAGCAGAAUGCCAGAGCAGUUUCAUCUACAACAAGAAAGCCAGUCACAAGAGCUAAUGAUAAUGAAACAGAGAGAAAGGCACCAAAUCAAGGACGACCUGUCAAAAAUAUAGAAACAAAACCUGACAAGGUCAUUUCUUUUAAACUUGAUAGUGAAGAAAAUAUUUUGGAUUCACAAAUCAGUGCAACAAAUGGAAUGGAUCCAGAUGGAGUCUUAUCAAAAAUGGAAAACUUACCUAAGACAAAUACUGCAAAAAUGAAAGGAAAGAAUUCCUUCGCACCUCAGGACUUUAUGUUUCAGCCGUUGGAUGGUCUGAAGACCUAUCAAGUAACACCUAUGACUCCCAGAAGUGCCAAUGCUUUCUUGACACCCAGUUAUACCUGGACCUCUUUAACAACAGAAGUUGCUAAAACGCAAAAAGCAACAAAAGAAAUUCUGGCCCCAAAGUGUAAACAUUCUUCUGGGAAGACAGUACAUCAAGAUUCAAAUAAACUGCCAUGUCCUUUGGGUUCUCUCACAGUUUGCAAUAAAGAACAUGCCUUAAAUAAAGAUGAAACUACUAAAAAUUCAAAUGGCCUUCCAAUAAAAGAAGUCCUGUCACCUGAAAUAAAUGAAGAUCAAGUGUCUCAGCCACAACAUGAUGUGCCGUAUUUCAGAAAUAUUCUUCAGUCAGAAACUGAGAAAUUAACUUCGCACUGUCUAGAGUGGGACAGGAAGCUUGAAUUGGACAUUCCAGAUGAUGCUAAAGAUCUUAUUCGCACAGCAGUUGGGCAAACAAGACUCCUUAUGAAAGAAAGGUUCAAGCAGUUUGAAGGGCUGGUGGACAAUUGUGAAUACAAGCGAGGUGAGAAGGAGACGACCUGUACAGAUCUGGAUGGAUUUUGGGAUAUGGUUAGUUUUCAGAUAGAAGAUGUAAACCAAAAAUUCAACAAUUUGACUAAACUUGAGGAGUCUGGAUGGCAGAACAAUAAUAAUACAAACAAAAAAAUCUUUCGGAAAAAAGUUGUCUCAGGUGUAGCAAGUAAACCCAAACAGGAUGAUGGAAGAAUUGCAGCCAGAAAUCGCCUCGCUGCCAUAAAAAAUGCAAUGAGAGAGAGAAUGAAGCAGGAAGAACAUGCAGAGGCAGCAGCCUCUGUGACACCAAAAGAAGUUGAUAAAAUAGUGUUUGAUGCUGGAUUUUUCAGAAUUGAAAGUCCCAUUAAAUCCUUCUCAGGACUUUCUAUCUCUUCUGAACGUCUUUCUCAAAGAUUCAGGACCCCUAAGUCUGUCAGCAAAGCUGUGUCUGAGAGCAGGGCUGAGGCGGGUGUUCUGAGACAGACUGUGUCACCACAGAAUCCUGAUCCUCCAGGUACCAAAUGUGGACACGUUGAUAAGGAAAUUUUGCUGUCAACUAUUCCUACAAACAGCAUAGAAGAUGCUCAGUGUCCUGGAUUACAAGAUUUAAUCAAAGUAAAUUAUGAUACAAACAAGAUAAACUUUGACAUGGAUCAUUUGCCCAGUGAGAGAAUGAAUUUGCCUCUACCUGCUGGUGAAAUGAGAGAUGAUAUUAAUACUAACAAAAAGCAAGAAAUUUCAGAUGAUGUAGAAGGAAUGAAACUAAAUUCUUCUAUGACAACACAGGAUGUUUUGAUGAGCAGCCCUGAAAAAAAUAUAGCAUCACAAAAUAACAUCUUACAGGAAGAGGAAACUAAACUUUCUCAGUCAGUACUAUUUGAUACUAAAAGUCUCACUACUGAAUGCCAUCUUCUUGAUUCGCCAAGCCUAAACUGCAGUAAUAUAUUCACUCAAGUGGAAAGGAGACAUCCAGAUCACGCCAGACACAUUUCCUUUGGUGGUAACUUGAUUACUUUUUCACCUCUAAGGCCCCUCAGUGAAGAACAACAAGAAGAAUUUUGAAUUUAAAAAUGAAUCCAAAUAUUUUUCUUCAUAUUAUCAGUGCUGUGAUAUAUUCUUAGCGCCUUGAAAAAUUGAAGAAUAUGUAUUUGUGUUUCCUUCUGUUCAAUUUAUAUAGUGUUAUAAAAUGUUUCAAUACUAAGUGUUCAUCAGAGUUUGUUUUAGAUAUGAUAGGAAGUGGGGAUAUUUUCAAGGGAAGUGGGGAUAUUUUGUACAUAAACUAUGCAGAAUAAAAAAUGUACUUCACCUCG